GGAUGCGGAUGCCAUGGCAACAGGCCGAUUGGAUCCAGACCAUUCAUGUGCACAUUGAUUUAUUUAAUAAUAUAUUUGCAUGCCGCUCGAGCUCCUGAGUGUUGAGUCAGAGAAAGAAGUGAAUAGAAGCUGGACUUCGUCGCCGCUGAGCGUCCGUGCGAUGCAGCUGCCGCCUCAUGGCAGCUCAACAAGUUGUUUUAUUUUCGAUUUUUGAAUGAGGCGUCAGAGCUCACCGCUUUCUCUCUCGGUGGAGCGUGUUUUCAUUGAAGUGCAGAGCCCUGUUUCCUGUCAUUGGCGGCGUAACAAAGGAGGAAAGGACGCCGGCGCAUCCAUGUCUGGACACUAUGUCAUUGAAAGUCGUCAGAAGUGAGGACACUCUGCAGAUGAGACAACAGGAGAUUUUGGACGUCAGACUCUGAACACUUGACUCAAGUUCUUUUCUACGUCAGUUUAGGCAAAAACCCCGCGGCUGCUGCUGCGCGUGUGGAUCCACUGGUGUCUCCUCUGUGUGCGCUUCAGUCUCGGGUGUAUAGGCAACAUUUCGGCGCGCCUCCCGUCACGAUGAGCGUGAUUUUUACUGCGCGGAUGCUGAAAAUGACAUGGUGUCGUGAAGUGGGUGAGGACAUGGACUACAGAGUAUGGAUGAUUUGACCUGGUCCUCUGUCUCUUGUGUCCCUGCAUGUGUUUUAAUGUGUGCGUGAUUGUGCUUAAUGACGAUGCGUGUCAGGAUGAAUCAGUUUGAGAGUCCGCGUGUGCGUGCGUGCCUUUUGUUACAUGUGUCCCUUUUGUCCAUUAACAACCUGACAGAGGAUCAAGUGUCCUUGUCAUUCAGCCGCGCGUGAAUGUGUCCCCUCACUCUGUCACCUUAGCGCUCACAUCACCUCUUACAUAAUGAUAUAUGGUGAAAAUAGCAAAAGCGUGAAAGGGUGAGGGCGAGCAGUCUGGACAUAUAUACUACACAAAAGCAACACCGGCGGCCAAUCAGCGGCGAGCUCCGUUAUCUCCAAAAGACCAGGAAUCCGGUGCCAACAUGACCGGUGUCGGAGCGCUGAGGGCGGCUGUGGAGAGGAGAGGGAGGAGGGCCUCGGGCGGAGAGCUGCGUUUCAAGGACAAGGAAGGAGGACUAUUGUUUCAGUGACUUCUGUGAGGACAAACCAUUUUAGGAGAAAAGAGGUUAAAAGUGGGGCUGCUGGUGUCACUGUCAUCAGCAGCCUGAAGGAUUUAAUGUUGACUCGGGGCUUUCUCCAAGGACAUCGAGGUAAGGGAGGAGGUGAGAGGGUGAAGUUGUGAGUGAAUGAGCAGACUUUCUUCUACACAUCCUCACUUUGUCAUUCAGAUUUGACACUGACUCACUCACCUAUGUAAUCUAGCAGGUUCACAGGACUUAACAAUAGUUUCCCUGAGGGCACAGGAGUUACAGGUUAUAUUAACCCUCCCUUCAACCUCCUCCUCCCCCUCCACCCUGAGUUGGGAUGGAUGGGGUGGCUGGAGGUAAGGGAACCUCUGGGUCGGGGGGUGACAGUCUGCCCAGGCGGAAUGGAGGAGGGGAGUGUAAGAGGCGCAGUAAAGGCAGCCUGCCCUCUCCGAGCUACAGGCUGUCACAGGCCUCACUGGAAGGAGAGAAGGGCUCAUUUGGGGCAGACAACUCUUCCAUAGGUGGUCGUGGACGUCGUCUCUCCAUCAUGAGCUCCUCCGCCUGCAGGGACGGUCUUCCCUUACGCACGGCGGGCACACCAACCACACCGGUGCCUCUGCCGCCUCCACCGCCCUCCUCCUCUGCCACAGUCCACCCUCCACCACGCUCAGUGGGCUUUGCCUCUUCUCGUGCCGCCUUGGCCUCAACCUCCUCCUCCAUGACUGGAGUGAUGGUCGUGGCCACUGGUCCAGAGACCACCACCACCACGACCUGCAACACUACUGCAGCAGGGACCCCUGACAUUGGGGGUCACUCCGGACUGGGUGGGUUCGGUAUGGGGCUGGACGGCGAGGACUACAGCAACUCCAACCAGAGCACCUUCAUCCAGAGACAGUUUGGAGCAAUGCUUCUGCCAGGGGUCAACAAGUUCAGCCUGCGCAUGUUUGGAUCCCACAAAGCUGUGGCACUGGAGCAAGAAAGAUUGAAAUCAGCAGGGGCGUGGAUCAUUCACCCCUACAGUGACUUCAGAUUCUACUGGGAUCUGUUGAUGUUGCUGUUGAUGAUGGGAAACUUAAUCAUCCUGCCAGUGGGCAUCACCUUCUUUAGAGAGGAGAACACUCCCUCGUGGAUCAUCUUCAACGUAGUCUCCGACACUCUCUUUAUGGUGGACUUGGUUCUGAACUUUAGGACGGGCAUCGUGAAGGAAGACAGCACUGAGAUAUUGCUGGACCCCAGGGCCAUCCGCCUGAACUAUCUGAAGAGCUGGUUCCUCGUAGACUUUGUGUCAUCCAUCCCAGUGGACUACAUCUUCCUGAUGGUAGACAGUCUGGACUCGGAGGUCUACAGGACAGCCAGGGCUCUGCGCAUCGUCCGCUUCACCAAAAUCCUGAGCUUGCUGCGGCUGCUCCGUCUGUCCAGACUCAUCCGCUACAUCCACCAGUGGGAGGAGAUAUUCCACAUGACCUAUGACCUUGCCAGUGCCAUGGUCAGGAUAGUAAACCUGAUCGGUAUGAUGCUGCUGCUGUGCCACUGGGAUGGCUGUCUUCAGUUCCUAGUCCCCAUGCUUCAGGAAUUCCCUCCUGACUGCUGGGUUUCCAAAAACCUAAUGGUGAAUGACACAUGGGGCGUGCAGUACUCCUAUGCUCUAUUCAAAGCCAUGAGCCACAUGUUGUGUAUUGGGUAUGGUGCACAGGCUCCAGAGGGGAUGACAGAUGUGUGGCUCACCAUGCUCAGUAUGAUCGUAGGUGCCACCUGCUAUGCUAUGUUCAUCGGCCAUGCCACCGCUCUGAUCCAGUCACUGGACUCCUCAAGACGACAAUAUCAGGAAAAGUACAAGCAGGUGGAGCAGUACAUGUCGUUCCAUAAGCUUCCUGGAGAUGUUCGGCAAAAGAUCCACGAGUACUAUGAACACCGCUUCCAGGGGAAGAUGUUUGAUGAGGAGAACAUCCUGGGAGAACUUAGUGAGCCACUUAAAGAGGAAAUUGUCAGCUUUAACUGCCGGAGCCUGGUGGCUAACAUGCCGCUGUUUGCCAAUGCCGAUCCCAACUUUGUGACUGCGGUGCUGACGAAGCUCCGCUUUGAAGUGUUUCAGCCUAAUGACUUCAUUAUCCGCGAGGGCACAGUUGGACGGAAGAUGUACUUCAUCCAACAUGGGCGAGUCAGUGUGCUGACCCGUGGUAACAAGGAAACCAAGCUGAGCGAUGGGUCUUACUUUGGAGAGAUCUGUUUGUUGACACGUGGACGGAGGACAGCCAGUGUCCGGGCAGAUACUUACUGUCGCUUGUACUCUCUCAGUGUGGAUAGCUUUAACGAGGUGCUGGAGGAACAUCCGAUGAUGCGGCGUGCCUUUGAAACUGUCGCGGUUGACCGUCUGGACCGCAUUGGUAGGAAGAACUCCAUGCUCAUGAGGAAAUCAUCUCAGGCCGGCUCACUUGGGGGCAGCAUGGGUCGUGGUGGCCGGGGUGGAGGGGGUCCAGGGGCAGGCGGAGGCCUUGCAGCAGGCAGUCUGGGAUCCUGUGACAGCAUGUUGGUUCAGCAGAUUGUCAAACAUGACAGCAUGCCAGCCAUGCAGGACGCCAUUGCUGCUGCUGCUGCAGGGAGAGGCGGUGUCAUUGGAGGCAGUGGCACAGUGUCUCCUCGGCCACGCCCUGUCAUCUGGGCGCCACUGGUCCAUGCUCCUCUGCAGACUGCAGCCGCUACCAGUAAUGUAGCCAUCGCCCUCAUGCACCAGCAGCAACAACAACAGCAGCAUCUCCAGCAGUUGCAGCAGCAGCAUGCACUCAGUGCUGCUUUUUUCCUUCCUUCCCCUCUCAUCUCCCCUUCUCCCUCAUCUUCUUUCCCUCUGUCACCCCCUCGCGCUCCUGUGUUACAACCCCUCCGACCAUCUGUGAGCUCCCUCAUUGGGAUGAUGACGAUGGGAGGAAUGGGUGGCUUGUCUCCAAGAGGAUUUCCUGCCUCCCCAUCAACCAUGCCCCCCCCUGGUGGAAUAACAUCACCUCCUAUUGCUAAAACACCACCCAUGCCAGCUUCCUCUGUCCCAACAUCUGUCCAACAAGGUAGGACUCUUCAUUACAGCCUCCGUCUCCAGGCAGAUCACCCUUUAGUGAUACCUGGAUCACUUGGAACCCCAACAGGAGGAGGACCACCGACUCCACCCCUCCACAAGGUGCCGACUGCCAACCCUGUAGCUGCCUCUUGUGCCCCAGCAGAUGGCAACAGUUCGGUUCCAGGUCAACAGGGAGCAAAAGAAGCUCUGUUACGUCAUGGAGGAAACAGCUCUCAAGGUCUGCCAGCACUGGGCCGACUCACCCAGGAGGCCAGGCUGCUGUCUGCCUCGCAGCCCACUUUGCCACACCGCUCAUGGGCUAGUGUGCAGCCACACCCUCCUCUCCACCGGAAGGCCUCUGGUGGUAAUUUGUUGGCAGCUCCUUUCCUGGCAGGGCAGUUAGCCAGAGGAGGCAGUGCCGGCAUGCUGACCUCCAAUGUUCCCAUACAGCUGAUAACAAAUAUACCAAUAAAUGCACAAGCACAGGCUACUCUUCCCUUCCAGUCUAUUAUGUCACAGGGUAUAUCUGCAAACACAACCACAUACACACAAUCUGGACCUCACACUGCCUCUGUUCCCACACCCACUGCUACACAAAUGCCUUCUGCAGCUUCUAAGCCAUCUUCUUCCCCUCCAAAGCAGACCCCCUUUUCCUCUGCUACCUCUUCUCCUGCACCCACCCCAUCAUCGCCUACCCCCAACCUCUCCCAAGCACCUCGCCCUAAACCAAUUCCAAUGACCCCCUCUCGCUCCUCCUCUCCCCCUCCCUGCUCCACUCCACCUUCAGCAGGAACAAGCCCAUUGUCGCUCUCCUCUACUCCUCGUCCCAAACCAAUCCCUACACCUCCCUUGCGCUCUUCCUCCCCUUCUCCCUCCUCCACACCACCUCCAUCCUCUGUUUCCACCCCUUUUCCACUACCUCAACCUUAUGGGUCCAAAUCACCUCUGACCUCUCCUCCUCCAUCUUCCUUGCUCACCUCUUCACCACCACAGCCCUCAAGCCCCAGAGCCAAGACAUCCAACACGCCUCCUUCUGCUUCUCCAUUGUCUGGCCUCAGCCCUGCCCCAACCCCAAUCCCUUCUCCAGCCCUGACUCCCACUCAUCCCACCCGUACUCGCCGCACCUCUACCACUUCCCAAACUCUUUCGCAAACCAUCAUACCCGUCACUCUUUCACAGACCCUUGCCUCUACACUGCCCCCUUCUUCAGUCCCUGUUGCAGAUGCUCCAUCGCUAAGUAAGUCCCAGAGUCAAACAACUUGCCUCCAGCCCUCUGUCUCUAGCUCAGUCCGGGGCCCCACCAUCCAAACUUCAGCUCCUACUCCUACUAAAGUAAAAUUCUCAGUUCAUCCUGUAAAACAACCCCCUCCUGUCCUCACUCCAAGCACCACCUCAGGCUCUGGUCGCUCCACCAAACCAACCACAUCAACAUUCUCAUCUUCAACAACUUUACGCCCAAACCCCAACUCCACAACCACCACCUCCACCUCUCCAAAUGUUGUACCUGUCUCUUCUCACAACCCAAAGCUAAUGCCAACCACUUUAGCUGCCACUACUCUCUCCCCUGAAAUCAACACAUCCUCUAUCCCUGUUCAGACCGCUCAGGCGUCUACCACUACACCCACCCAGUCAGCACACGCAGUGCACCCUGCCAACACCACCUCACCGAAAGAAGGGAAAAAAGACUCUCAGCUAGAACUUGCCAGAAAAGACUCAGAGGGGCUAAGACACUAAUUGCCUGCCAACAUGUAAUGCAGGAAAUGUAGGAAAAUAUCAGAGGAUGCUGGACUUUGUGUUGUGGCUAGUCAAACAUAUCUGUGUUAGUGAUUGUUGUGAGCAGGCAGGGGAGCUGAAGUGGAAAUGUACGCAGUAAAAACAGGAUUAAGCAAUUGCUGAUACUCAAAGAUUAAAAACAGCAAUACAUGUGAAACAUGCAAGACUCUCAUCAUGGAAUGGGAAGAGACAGUGACAGAAAAUAACAGUCUUUCUGCUGUGAAGAAGAAUGUGUAUUGUGAUCUCAAAAUGCUGGCAAUAGAGCAGACACUUUCUGGUUUCCGCUCCACCUCCCUGUUGCCUCCCAUUCUUCACCUUUAAAAAUAACUGUAAAAUCAAUGCCUAAAUAUAUAUAUAUAUAUAUAGUUUCUUUUAAUAAUUAGGAGGAGUCCACUGUAGUUUUGUUGUCCCAGGUGUGUGUGGUGUUUAGUUUUUGAAGAAGACAAACCUUUUAACCCUACAUGUUCACUCUGACGACUUCUGUAAAUUGUGUUUUUGUGUGACACACAAUACUGCUCUGCUGUGCACUGUAGUUCAUUUAAUUCUGUUCCACCUGGCUCCCUGUACUGUAAAUAUGUGCCUCUCUGUGGGUCUGUUGUUAUACUUCCCUCACUCAUCAUCCUCUUUAUCUUUCAUCUCUUAUUUGUUUCGCUGCCUUUCAUCUGAUUUCACAGCUCUAGUUGCUAACUGCUUCUUUGACUCUCACAGACUCGCUCCCUUUUCCUCAGAUUGCCUAACACUUUGCUCUCUGCUGCCAUCGGCCUCAUGUUCAGUUGGCGGUCUCCUUUCUCCGUCGUCCGAUGACAGUGUCGGCGCCAUAUUCAGUGAUGUUUGAUGUUUUGUGUGCGUAGCAACAAGGCAUUUCUGUCUUAAUCCCUGAUACCAUGUUGCCUAGACUAUAUUAAAGGACCAAAUGUUUUAUUUUUUAUUUAUCACAGCUUUAGCUUUUGAACAGGAACAAAAUAGCUAAUAAUGUUGUCAAAAUGAUGGUCUGGAGUGUGGCACUGAAGGUAAUGAUUGUGAUAGUAUUCAUAACAGCCAUAGAUGGUGAUGUUGAUGAAGAUGGUGUAUAUUUAGAUGAAAGAAUAAAGUGGAUUUAGAUAUCAUCUUGUGG